GCUUAUUUCAAUUCAUUCUCUAUUCGUACAUGUCUGUUCUCACGCGAAAAAUUUUAUGGCGAUCGGGAAAUAGAUCGAAAGAAGAUACUGAUGUGAUGAUAUAUCCCAUCUUGAACCUUCCUACCUGUCAACAAAGUCUGAGGUCUGUUUGAUUUUAUUUAACAUAGUCUAACCAUGGAUAAGAUUCUGCUUGGCAUCGCAGCAUCUACCCACCCAGAGGGGGUCAAGAAAGCACUCUUCACAAAGAUGAUAUCCACGGCCUCAAAACCUUUGAACAAAGAAGAGGUGACAACAAUCCUUCAGCUUUCCUCGUCUUGGGUCAUCGGUGAAGAGGAGUUCCUACAGGACAUGGGCCAACAGAUAUUUCAGGCCUGGGCAAAGUACAACCCAGCAACAUAUGAAGAUUUCUUCUGUCAUCAGUUCCUUAUAUCAUCAUUUGGUGAAUCAAUAAACAGCCCUCUAAUGUUGAUCCAGUUCAUAAGUGACUGUUUGAAGACUGUCCACCUCAAGCACGAAACGGCCACCAAGAUCAUUAGGACAGGCGUAGUCAGUCUCUGCCGGAGGUUCCCUGACAUGGCCAUCCAGGGUGAGAUCUGCCGGCUCCUGCGAGCCAACCAAGACUGCAUUCCGGAGAACGAUUUUGCUAUCACCCUGUGCCAGACCCUGAUAACCAACACCAGCAUCCUGGAGAUUCCCAUCGGUGAUGUGGAGCUGAAGACCUGCAUGGCUGCAGUUGGGAGCGUCGGACAUCUCCUGCGGCUGAUCUGGUCCACCAAGCCAACCACCAUCAUCCCGUCCCUCCAGCACGUCUUCAACAUCAUCUCCACCUUCUCCGCCGAGGAGUCGCAGAACCCGUCCUUGGCCUUGGGCGCUCUGGUCCAGCAUAUCCACAUGAAGGUGGUUGAGGCAGUCACGAAGAGCGCGGUCUCUGACAUCUCCAUCACGGACGAAAGAAUGACUGUAGCCCUGCAGAGGAUGAUAGACUGGCUCUCCUGGCCAAGCGUUGUCAACAUUGAUCAAUGGAUAAUCACAUUCCUGACCAAUCUUGCCUCUGCCAACAAGUUUACCAUCCUCAUCAAAGUCACAUUGCUGACUGUCGAAACGAUGGUGUCACGGCUGUUUUUCCCCAUUGUCCGAGACUGUGCCUUCAAUGUGUUUUCUCAUAUGCUCCUCAGCUUUCAACACUCUCCAGAUGCCUUUCAUAAGAUCCUAGGUCAGAUACCAGAGCUGAUGCAGAGACUGCAUGCUGAGGAUACACCGUCCAGUCACAGCUUCAGGUCAAAGGUCGCUGAUCUAGUGUAUUGCCUGAUGUAUCACCAUGUAGGAUACCCAGAGCUCUAUGAUCCCCUCCUGGAAGCCCUCAAGGGUUUCCCCCGCCCGAGUGAAACAAGUAUGAUGGCCAGGCUGAAGCAGAGUGCCUGGACAUCGCAGAAAGGUGGCCUUGGAACGGAAUUCUCUUCAAGGUUCGAGCCCCGCUCUGAUACGGGCAAAACAGGCCUGGUCAACUUGGGAAACACCUGCUACAUGAACAGUGUCAUACAAGCUUUAUACAUGUCAUCAAAGUUCUGCAGUGAUAUAAUCACCUACCCACUCUUCAGCAGACAGAGUAUCAUGUAUAACAUACAACUUUGCUUUGCAUUCUUGGCUCAUACUCAGAGGGCAGCGUACGCUCCGAGGGAGUUCCUGAGAGCGUCAAGACCCCCUUGGUUUGCUCCUGGCUCUCAGCAGGACUGUUCGGAGUUCCUCAAGUACCUGUUGGACCGACUGGAUGAGGAGGAGAAGGGAUGGAGAAAGAUGAUGAAGAACGCGGCAGCAUCCAUCACCUCAUCGCUUUCAUCCCCAUCCUCUUCACCGAGACCUGAAGCACAUGAUCAGGAAUGUAUGGACAGAAGUGAUGUGCAGAUGGAAACAGAUACUGUUGGUUCCUCAUCCAGCUCACCCUCAUCUAGUGCAGGCCCACUUGCUUCUCUUUCUCUAUCAGGUUCCACUAUGCCAUGUCAUCCAACUGAUGGUGGGUGUCUUUCAGUAGAUACUGCCUCCUGCAGCAGCAGUAGCAGCAUGGCCAAGGACUCUGGUCAAUCCUACAAUCAGACAAGAUCAUGGUCCUCACCAAAGAUGAAAAAAGAUGAUGUAUUACCGUCAAGGGAAAGCAUUGUAGAGAGACACUUUGGCGGACAGUCAGCAACGCACAUCCGGUGCUUGAACUGUGGUACGGUGUCAAGUCGGAAGGAAACAUUUUUUGAUUUGCCACUUGGGUUUCCUGGAACAGAAGGAAGGGAAAAUUUACUUGGAGGACGUUGUGAUACCCCAGCCGAAGAAAGGCAGUCAGAGAAGUCGGACUAUCCUGCCAUGGAAUUAGCUCAGGAUAGUCGGAGUGUUGUAGGUGCUAGUGCCAUAGCUGCUGCUGUUGGACCCGAUCUUCAUAGCGGUAGCAGAUCAACAAGUGAAGUGCAGAGUUUGGCAGGUUCCAGCUCUGAAGCCAACACCACAAAGACUUCGCUUGAAGAUCUUCUGAGACAUUACUUCAGUCCAGAGCUCCUGGUAAAAGACAACAGGUAUCAUUGUGACAAGUGCCAGAGCUUGCAGGAUGCUGAGAAGUCUCUAGAAAUUAUCAAUGCACCAGAGAUUCUGAUCAUCACACUCCUGCGCUUCUCCUACGAUGUCAAACUUCAGAGACGGUGUAAGAUCAUGGAGGAUGUUCGCUAUCCCAGAAUUCUCCAUCUGGAUGUGAAUCCUUGCGAUGGUGACUGCAGUGUGGACGGGAACCAUGGUGGACCAUGCACAAAGAGGACUCGACAGAAUAGUAUGGGUACUGCCCACUGCUCCACAGAGAGAGACUCUGACAGGACAGUUCAGUAUGUCCUCAGUACAGUGAUAGUUCACUCAGGGAUGUCAUCUGAAAGCGGACACUACUAUUGUUAUGCGUGUGACGAUGUUGACGAUAUCCAGAGACAGCUUCUGCGGCAGAAAAAGAGCGAUAGGAACCCUGUUGAUGGUACCCAUCCAAAAACCAAUGAAAUGACCGAUGAAGAUCAUCUGCCCAAUAAAUGGUAUCUGUUUAAUGACAGUCGUGUUACUUCUUCCAGGUUUGACUCCUUUGGCAAGGUUACGCAGCGUUUCCCACGUGACACGGCUUAUGUUCUGUUUUAUAGGAAGUGUGAUGAUGAAUAUGGGAGUGGUGACUCUAUUGAUUCGGUAAUGCAGAAAGCCGUGCCAUCAUCGUCGUCGUCAUCUUCAUACAUGCCUUCCGUCUUGAAAGAGAAACAUUUGCGGAAAGAUCUCCAAGAUGCAAUCCAAAAAGACAACCUUCAUUAUAUUCAGGAAAGAGAGAUUGAGGCCCGUGAAGCGGCUUUAAGAAAGCAGCGGCCAGCCUCUGCAGCGAAGCCGUUCUACUCCAGGAACUUUGACGAUAAGAAUGACCCCCCUGGCGGGUGUGGUCUCGGCGGGGGAGGCGGUGGAGGAGGGCCAAGCCUCUCCUCCAAUAGGCUCGUCUUCUAAGGCUCUGUUCAGAUACGAUGGUGCAAAACUGCAGCAUUUGGUCACACAACCCUAACCAACCAUUUCAAAUUGUAAAUUGUAAUCCAACCUAAGAGGAUGUUGCAAGAUAUCAUUUGUAAUCAAUUUCCAAUUUCUGUUGCAAUUUUACAAUCAGUUAUCUGUAGCAUAUAAGUUUUAAACUUCUUGUUGCAAGAAGCAGCUUUGCUAUUGAUUGCAAGAUGUAAAGUUGAUUUUGGAGACCCAAACUAGCUAAAUUUUGCAAUUAAUCAUAGUUUUCUUGCAAUGCACCAUGGGUUAUCCAUGUUAUUCAGUUUUAGACUUUUGGUCUUGCAUUUAUUCUGGUUUCAGAAUCAGUACACAGUAAAAUUCAAAUUGGAAACAAAAUGAAGGAAAAGCGGAAUAUGCAUUCAAUCUUCAAAUGAAAUAAAGAUUCAACCAUGCCCCCCUUCCGAAAACUAGCACUGUAUUGAAUACAAUGCUGUCGUUUACAUGUAAACGAUUUUUGUUGCAGCUUAGCACAUCAUAUCUGACCGAGUCUUUUAAGGUAACAGAGUAAGUGAAUAUUGCAUUGAAUUGAAGCAGGUAGUGUUAUUUCAGAUAUGUACAUGUACUUAUUACUGGUCUAUACGGGUUAAUCCAUAAAGGCCUAUAUUUUUGCUAUUUAUACUGCUAUUUAUUCAGAAAUUUUUUAACUAAACUGUAUAAAUGCAUUUACUUGGAAGAGAGAUAGAUGUGGCAAUUUCGAUAUUCGUCUGAGAGUAUGAAACAUGUUUCAUGUGCGAAUUGGAAAAAGCACUGCUUAAAAUAAUAUAUAGUUAACUUUCGUUAACUCUUGCUAGAACAAAGAAUUUUUUUUUUUUUUUCACUGUCAAUGUAAUGAAUCUAUUAAAUUAUUUACAUCUAGAGAAGCUUGGGAAAGAAUGGGAGGAUUGAAAGAUCCCCGUUUGACCGCCCCACAGCCUCUAUUCCUUGUUCCCUAGGCUCCAUAAAAGAAAUCAUACGAUGCAUUAAGACAAUGUAAACACAUUAUGCCUCCCAAAUAUUACAAUGAAAUGAAUAAUGGUAUCAUACGACACAUACUUCACCAGAGCAUUAAGUCUUAUUCCAAGGUCAGCUAUGAACAGUAUACCCAUGAAACCUCAGUGAUGGAAUGUGUAGAGCCUUAUUUAAGUUCAAGUUUAUUUAUUUAAAACCAAAAACAUAACAUCAUAAUCAAAAUAGAUAUACAUACAAUGUAAAGGAGUACAUAAACACACAUCAAUUAGAUUAUAGCAUAGACGAAUUGGUUUUAGGACCCCUUUAAAAGCAAAGCUUGUGAGUGGGGCCCUGGAAUACUUAUGAUUAUUAACAUAGAAUAUAGGAAAUAAAAAAAGAGGGAAAACCCAAAAAACAAAAUAUUUGCACUAGGUUCAACAUCUUGACUCUUGUAUUUUUUUCUUUUCCUCAAGAUCAAUCUUUGUCAGAUCAUCUAUAAAGUAGAAGCCUUCUUUCUUUAGGGCAACUCGCUCCUCCUUCAUAACCUGAAUUUUGUC